AUGAAGAAGAUGAAGCUGAACCUGAUGAAGUCGGAGGAAGAAGAAGAAGAAGAAGAAGAAGAAGAAGUUGAGGAAUCAGCGGCGGGCGUUAAGCGUUGCGUUGCAGGGAUUCGGCGUGGUGGCAGAGGCUGCGGUGCGUGGCAAGAAGUUUGCAAGGGGGUUCGACCGAAAGAGGGAAAAAAUGUCUACGUGCCGGCUGACUUGUCGGGUGUCAUGCUGUGCGAUGGUGUUGCUUGCGUGGCUCAGGGGCGAGUCAGGGGCCAGCGGAAGAAGAAACGGCCAAAGGAAGCGCCAGGCGAGAAGUUCUGGCUCUGGCGGAGACUUGCCCUGCCUUGA